AUGGAACCUGCAGUUAUCCCCUUGGAAUCAAACCCCGAGAUCUUCACUCAAUUGGCUGGGCAUUUAGGACUUUCUCCACUCCUAGGAUUCCAUGAUGUUUAUUCAAUCUCCGAUCCCUCGUUGCUAGCAUUCUUACCUCAACCUGUUUAUGGGGUGAUCCUCUUGUUCCCCCUUACUGAACAAUAUGAGACGUAUAGAAAGGCUCAAGAUACCAACGUAUCUCUCGGGUCUGAAAGUAUUAAUUGGUUCAAACAGACCAUUAAAAAUGGGUGUGGGUUGUAUGCGUUACUUCAUCUCUUAGCCAAUGUAAGCAAGUCGUUGGUUAUCAACAACAGUCCCUUAGACAGGUUUCUCACUGAGCUUAAACUGGUUGGCAAUGACGAAGUAGAGUACUCCCAUCUAAUCCAGAAUUUGGAGAAGUCGAUCAAAUUAGAUGAUAACUUUGGGUCUCAAGGGCAGACUCAAGCACCAUCGUCUGAAGAUGAUAUCAAUUUCCAUUUCAUCACUUUUAUCAAAGGUCAAGAUAACCAUUCGUACGAAUUAGAUGGUAGGCGAAAGGGCCCCAUUGAUUUGACUGGAUCGUCGACACCAUCAUCGUCUCCUUCUGUACUUGAGGAUCCUACAGUUGUAGAGAAGAUUCAAUACUACAUGGACAUGGCUGGAGAACAGAAUGCGUACUUCUCGUUGAUGGCAUUAGCACCAUCAAUGGACUAA